AACUUUGUAUAUUGGUAGUUCCAGACGGUGUAACGGGAACAGUAACAACAUCUAAUGAGUCUAGAAAGAAAGAUGACUUUGCAGUUUGUAUACGCAUGGGCUACAGGAGAUGAAAUGAUUUAGCUGCACAGUGAAGCAGCUGGGAAAGGCGGGAGAGGGAGGAACAGCCACAGCUUCUCUUCUUUUCCUUUCUCUGCAUGUCUUCUGUUUAGUGCCUCCUCCCUCUUAGUGACCCCUUAUCUAACCCUCUGUACCGUCAGAGAAAUCCAGACAGUGGAAGCAUCCGACUCAUACAUGACAUACCAACACAUGCUUUUUUAAGGGACGAUAUAGAAGGGCCUGCAAGUAUAGAACAAAAUUAGAGGUGCGAGCAGGAUCCGGGGAAGAAGCACCAAUUGGCUAAUGGUGUGAGUGGAUCUCAUACUCCCACAGCGCAAGCUUUAGGCAAAGGAUUGAAACAAUAAGAUAUCUAUCGCUGGAGGCACACAAAAAGGGCUGUUCUAGGUGAUUCAUAAGCAGCCUUGUGGCUCUCUCCAUUUAAUAUGCAGGACUAACAUAAGCAAAAUUGCUGUUGCCAAAGUGACCAUGCGGAGAGGAAUUUUACUCUUUCUGUGUAUGUUAGUUCUGGGGAGAACAUCGGUUAUACACUAUAAGUGCGAAUUCACACACGCUUUAAAUGAAAAACUGCUAUAUGAUAACAGAUUGACCUACAUGGGGGACUACUUUCCGAAGGAUUACAAAAUAAUUGUGAGAUAUGAAGAAGUUCUCCGCUGUCAAAACAUCACCAGUCUGAGGAACCAAGGAACCACAGUAGAAGAGUUACGUUCCCUGUGGAGUAUAAUAAAUGAAGGAAUAUUGAUGAAAAUCAUAGAAGUGUUGCCAGAGAAACACCCCUCCUUUGGUUACAUCAAAGAACUUCUUAAAAUCUUUACCCAACUGUUACCUGACAAUUUAAAGAUCCAAACAGAAAUUAUUGAGGAUAUCAUGGAAAGACUGAGGAAACCAGAUGAAACUGGACCAGGGAAAGCAGUUCGUCCCAAGGCACUGCUAGAUAACUGCUUCAGAGUCCUGUAUGCACUUUAUGAGGAGGAAUGUAAUCUUUGUAACCCCAGGUCAGAAGCCGAGGAUGACACAUUGUGUCCUUCAGCAACAAUUCCACCAAUAAUAGAUUAUAAAAACUCCUCAUAUGAGAGAUAACACUGUAAAAUUCAGUUUUGUGAUUUUGCAUAUGUCGGAGACACAGAAUAGUCAGUACAAUUCUUUCUUCCAUUCUUGAUACAUAAUCUUAAUUAGUACAAGUUAAGACAAUUGCAUUGUACCAUGUAUUAGACACUAUGGAAUCAUUAUUUAAGUGCAAGCACCGGUAACUUUAUAUGGAAACCAGUUCUGAGCUGAAUGUUUGUAUCAAAGUGCCAUAUCUGCUAAAUUGCAAUGUUUUAAAUAAGGGCUGUGCAACUGGAGGCUCGUAGGCCAUAUGCGGCCCUCCAAAGAUAUUUAUUGCCCCUCAGUCUGCUCCAAGGCACCAUAGACUGCACUAUAUGACGUCAUAAAUGCAAUUCAAUCCGGCCCCACUACAUGUAAAAAGUUGCACUGCACUGGACUGCACUAGAUAAUAAAUAGAAUACAUUUCCCUGGGAUUGCACUAUUUAGUAUAGUCCUUUUUUGCAUCUUUAGAAAUAUUUCAGUACACUUCUAUGAUAUUUAUUCGGUACUUUGAAGACUUAUAAAGAAAGUGAUGUUGCAAAGACUCUGGUAACAAAAAUACAGAUUCAUAAAAUGCAAUAGAUUUAAAGGUUCUCUGCAUAGAUAGUUUUACACUGCUUUGCAUAUUGUUCACUAGUGCAUGGUGCAUUGUUCCCUAGUGUUUGGUGCAUUGUUCAUUAGUGCAUGGUGCAAUGUACCGAAUUCACUUUUUUGGAUUUGGCCGAACCCCAAAAUCCUUUGUAAAGGAUGCGACCGAACCAAAUCUGAAUCCUAAUUAAUCCUAAUCUCUAGUGCUUGGUGCAUUGUUUACUAGUGCAUGGUACUAUGUUCUGCAUUGGUUGGUGCAUUGGUCUACUUGUAUGUUAUGCACAAUGCAAAUUACUGAAUUACUGUCCCUAUCCUGCUUGACUAUAAUUCCUCUCAGUUUUUCAUGGUCUUGCAAUAUCAGAAUUUGUAAUACAGAACUGAAGGAAGUAACCAUAAAGUAAACAACCCAGAAACCCAGUUGCAGAAAAAAAAUGAUAUAGAAAUUACAUUGAAGGGUUUCAAAAUGAAGAAGAGGGGGCACCAGACAAUAGAGGAAGGCUAGGGCCUACUUGAAGGGGUGUGGAUUGCAAAAACUCAGGUAUCCAGCCUGUAACCCUCCAGUUGUUGUUGACUGUUGGUAGUGAGAAUUUCCCCUCUAAAGUGGGGUGUUACUUUUUGCCAAGACUAAUUCAGGAUAAGGCUUAGUCCAGCAGCCCCCUCUCUCCAUGUGUUCCAGUCCUCCUGGUCUGGACCUGGGCAGCGGGAGGGAAUUGCUAAUUUAGAAAAUGUUACUGCACUCCUUUGCUAAACCAGCCAAACUCCCUGCUAAAAAAUGGAAUUUUGACUCCAUGUGAGUACAAGUAAGAAUUAAUUGUGAGUGCCAUUUUGCUGCUAAUUUAUAAGCAAUGAUGCAAGCAUCUUAUGUCUCCUUGUGACCAGCUUUGGCUAAAGCCUCCUAUAUUUUAUAUUUAUGAUACUAUAUGCUUUACCUUGUACUACUAAAUCUUUCACUGUUGCUACUGCUGUCCUUUUGAAUAAUUUCCAGUAACGUUUUCAUAGAUACAGGCUGGCUAUAUCUGUGUAACAUUCUCAUGUUAUUAUUUUGUUGUUGCCCCCCGUUAAUCUGCUGUGCGUGUGCUGAUGUUUGCAAUCACAGCUCCCAGCAUGGGAUACAUGCUCUCUUACAUGCUCGUGUUUUUUAACCAUUUUCUUGGUUUGUUUUAUUUGCAUAACAGCCGCCUAAUGGCUCUGUGAGCUCAGCGCAGAAGCAUGACCAAAGCUGCAUGACCGGUUAUGGGAUUUCUCAGUGCACGUGUAUGUUUGUCAAUCAUCUGAUAUCAUGGAACUGAGAGAUACAGCUCUGCUUCCCCACAGAAUGGAUUGUAUUGGACCUAAAUCUAUUCUCUUCAGUAGCAUUACAACACUUCCCUGGCAUCCCUGCAAAACAAUAUUAUGGCAGACCCCUCUAUAUCACAUGGAUGUGGCCCUUUUUGGGCCCCCCCACCACUGAUAUUGCUAACCCUAACUAAAGAAUAGAUAUUUAAUGUGGCUUUAGAAACAAAAUAAAUAACAACUAAUAAGACCCCUAGGUACAUAUAAUUAGAUCACAUAGGAUUAAAAAAUAAAAUACCUUAUGAACUUUAAAUGCAUUAUGUAUAUAUUGAGAGAUGUACGGUAUGUUUAUGGAGGGAUUGGGAUUGAGAAACUUGAGGUUAUUGGAAUUGGAUUUCUGAGUUUGCUAAGGACCCUUGGCAUUCAAUCCCUUUCUUAUAGACUGGGAUUAGGCUGGCCUGGCACUGUGCAUUUAUUAAGGUAACCAGAUACCAUAAAUAUAUACAUAUAAGCAAUGUUUAUUACAGAGAGAGACUUUUUGCAAUUACAAAGGUUAACUGUGGUGUGGGAGAUUUUGCAAAAAAACCCAAACACCUAAAAGGGAGAAUGCAAACAGACUAACAUAAUACUCUAUGGGAUUAUCCAAUGGCACACACUAACAGAAAAGUAUCAUUUUAAUGAAAAGGCUUUAUUUACAUGAAACUGUUUUACAUAUGGACUGUUUUAAUACAAUUUAUUUUUAUAGAGAUUUGCAAUGCUUAGGGGUAUAGUUAAUGGUCUCACAUGCAGUGAAUUUAUGAUAUUUGGGUGGGUAAAGGAUUCUAGGAACAAGAAAUUGUUGGCAAGGAGGGAUCUUAGAGCAUAUCUUGCACAGGGUCCCAUGCAGGGGCAGGGGCAAAUUGAGAAACAUGUCUCAGGUGGCAGCACCCAGUAGGUUGCCACACGUGGGAAAAAGCCACUCCUGGUAACUUUGAGCUGAAAUUCCUGUUGUUAAAUUUUGGCUUCUCUAAUGCUAGGGUUACCUUGUUUUUCUUUCUGUAACUCUGGACAGAGGGCAGUGAUGUUACAGGGGCAAAUGGGUGAUCUCAGGUGUAGUACGGGUUAUUUCGGGGGUGGGGCUGUGAUGUUGGGUCUUUGAAACAGUGAUUGGCUAAUAGACAAGGGGUGUCCUCUCAAGAUUUUCCUAAUUUGGAAAAACAGGCAGGCAGUUUUUACUCAGAAAGCCCUUAUGGAACAAGGCAGGCAACCCUGUCUAAUGCAGAGAGUACUGCUGCGUUCUCUGCACUAGCUAUAUGGCCCCUCCUCACCCCUAAAGGAUCACAAAAAGUUAAGUGCAGGGGUGAGGGGUGGCAUUGUGUAGGCGGCAAUGAGGGCAGAAUCACCCUUGGGGGCCCAUUUACUUACUCACGAACCGGCCGAAUGCGUCCGAUUGCGUUUUUUUCGUAAUGAUCGGUAUUUGCCGAUUUUUUCGGAAAAUUAUUGUGACUUUUUCGUUGCCAUCCAAAUGUUGCGCAAAAUCUGGCGAUUUUUUCGUAGCGCUAAAACUUGCGCGAAAAGUCGCGUCUUUUUCGUAGCCAUUCCGAAAGUUGCGCAAAAUG